AACUUCACACAAUUGUUUGCAUUUCAGAAAUUUUUGUCACAAGUGGCACUGUAUUCUACAAAAAAAGUUGGAGAUGUAAUAAAAGAUGUAAACAGAGUAAGAAACAUUGGUAUAUCGGCUCACAUUGACUCAGGAAAGACAACUCUUACAGAAAGACUGCUGUUCUACACAGGACAAGUAGAUGAGAUGCACGAGGUAAAAGGAAAAGACCAAGUAGGCGCCAAGAUGGACUUCAUGGAACUUGAACGUCAAAGGGGAAUAACUAUACAGUCAGCUGCCACGUAUGUAAUGUGGAAGGAUGUCAAUAUUAAUAUUAUUGAUACACCAGGUCAUGUGGACUUUACCGUCGAAGUUGAGCGAGCUUUGAGAGUGCUCGAUGGCGCAGUUCUUGUGUUAUGUGGGGUGGGUGGGGUACAGAGUCAAACAUUGACUGUUAACAGACAAAUGAAACGCUAUAAUGUACCGUGUAUAGCUUUUAUUAAUAAACUAGACAGAGGUGGUGCAAAUCCGUUACGUGUUUUACAUCAGUUAAGAUCCAAGUUAAAUCAUAACGCAGCAUUGUUACAUUUACCGAUUGGUUUAGAGGAAAACCAUGAAGGUGUUGUUGAUCUGAUCAAAAUGAAAGCCGUAUACUUCCGCGAUCCACAUGGUACUAAUGUGGUAGAGGAGGAAAUUCCGGAACACUUGAAAGAAAUGGCUGUAGAGAGAAGGCAGGAACUUGUAGAAUGUGUAGCAAAUGCAGAUGAAGCAUUAGGAGAGAUGUUUCUUGAAGAAAAGGAGCCCACAGAGCAGGAUAUUAUGGCUGCGAUACGAAGAGCAACUUUGAAGAGAGAAUUUACACCAGUGAUGUUGGGGACGGCUUUGAAGAAUAAAGGUGUACAACCCCUUCUAAAUGGUAUUAUAGACUAUCUACCUAACCCGUCAGAGGUGACAAACUAUGGCCUGGAUAACAGUUCUGGUGAAGAAGUUAAAAUUGUUAUGGACCCUGCCAGAAGUACUGACAAUGCUUUUAUUGGACUGGCAUUUAAACUUGAAGCAGGUAGAUUUGGACAGCUGACCUAUAUGCGUGUUUACCAGGGAGGUAUGCAGAAAGGUGAUGUCAUAUUUAACACAAGGACAGGCAAGAAAACCAAAGUUUCAAGACUUGUUCGAAUGCAUGCUGAUGAAAUGCAGGAUGUAACGGAAGCCUAUGCUGGGGAUAUAUGUGCCUUGUUUGGUAUGGAAUGUGCCAGUGGAGACACUUUUGUUACAAAGGGAAAUAUGAACUUGUCCAUGGAAUCUAUGUAUGUGGCCGAGCCUGUGAUAUCAAUGUCUAUCAGACCAGCUAAGAAUGAUGCUAUAGAACAAUUCUCUAAAGGCGUUGCCAGAUUUACUAAAGAAGAUCCAACAUUCAGAGUGCACUAUGAUGCAGACAAUAAGGAAACUAUAGCAUCUGGCAUGGGAGAAUUACACCUUGAUAUUUAUGCUCAGAGACUUGAAAGAGAAUAUAAUUGUAAGGUUGUGUUGGGAAAGCCGAAAGUUUCAUUUAGAGAAUGCAUAGUGAAUCCAGUAGAUUUUGAUUUCCUUCACAAGAAGCAGUCUGGUGGUCGCGGUGAAUUUGCUAGAGUUAUUGGAACUGUUGAGGCCUUACCAGUUGAGAAUAACACAAAAUUGGAGUUUAAGGAUGAAACUGUUGGGACCAAUGUGCCAAAGAAUUUCGUACCUUCUGUUCAAACUGGAUACAGACAUAUAUGUGAAAAAGGUCCUCUUGCUGGGCAGAAGGUGUCUGGAAUUCUCUUCAGAUUAAGAGAUGGUGAUCACCAUGCUGUGGAUUCGAGUGACUGGGCUUUCCAGCAGGCAGCUCAUGGUGCAAUGAAGUCAGUAUAUGAGAAAGGACACUGGCAGAUCCUUGAACCUGUAAUGAAUGUUGAGGUGAAUGCCCCUUCUGAAUUUCAAAGUGCAGUUUUGCAGGGGCUCUCUAAACGGAGUGGUAUCGUCACAGGGACAGACAGUAAUGAGGGAUAUUUCUCCAUAUUUUGUGAGGUUCCUCUUAACAACAUGUUUGGUUACUCCACUGAGUUAAGAUCGCAGACCCAGGGGAAGGGAGAAUACACGAUGGAGUACAGUCAGUACUGUCCUGCAUUGCCAGAAACGCAACAAGAAUUGAUACAGGAGUAUGAAAGAGAACUUGAGGAAAGUCAAGGACAGAAAAAGAAAAAGAAGAAAAAUUGAUGACCAUUUGCAUAGAAUUUUACAAAAUAAAUUAUACAUGUUUAGUUUACUUGGGACAAACGAAAGGUCUUGGAGAAACAACAAGAACAGUUAUGAACAUGGAGAAACAUGUCUUCUUUGUUUUGCCUAGUUGUGAUCCUGAUUAAUUUAUUUGUCACAUAGUGUUUGCUGCAUGUGUAAUCUUCUGUGAUCACAUUGAUAUCGGAAGAUUUUAUUAUCAGUAUUGGAAGAUUUUAUCAUAAAUAUCGGAAGAUUUUGCCAGCAAUAUUGGAAGAUUUCAUCAUUAAAAUCAAAAGAUUUUAUCAUCAAUAUUGGAAGAUUUCAUCAUUAAUCAUCAAUAUUGGAAGAUUUCAUCAUUAAAAUCAGAAGAUUUUAUCAUCAAUAUUGGAAGAUUUCAUCAUUAAAAUCAAAAGAUUUUAUCAAUAUCGGGAGAUUUUAUUAUAAAGUGUUCAUUCUCAUCAACCAAAGGUUCGUCUUAAUCACGAGAAGAACCUCCAAUUUUAUUUCCUUCUUUUAUUUGUUGAGUGUUUUCAUUCAUUAUUACUGUAGUAGUUUCAGCCAAUCAUUGUUUUCCUACAUUCGCACAUGCUGAAUUGAAAUUCAAGCAAUUUGUGAGCAAAAUAGUUGCUGACAGUUAACAAAGAGAAUACAAAAUUAUUGCGAUUAAGGAAGAUUUACUCCUCUGACUGGAUAUUUAGAAAUUUACCCCAAGAAAUAAAAAUAUUUCUAAUAAGCAUCGAUAUUGACAGGAAUGCAAUCUUGCUUUUCAUGAAAGAUUUACAUUGCUUCCAAAGAUAUGUUGCAAAAUAGACAUCCUGCUAAGCUCAAUACGGAGAGGGCAGAUCUUGAGUAAGAUUCCUGUGAAGAUUUGAUAAAAGACAUUGUGUCUGAAAUCAUUCGUCCUGCACCUCUGAUUCAUGUGGAGAAGUUACUUUUGGAGAACAGGUUUGUACUGGUACAAAAUCUAGGAACGGAAAUUCUGUUGAAAAACGGUGUUUAACCCAAAACAAACGAAAUAUUGCUGAUUGGCAGAAAGUUUGAACUGUGAUAUAAACAAACUAAAAUACCUAUGAAAUUUUCCAGAGUUUCAACCAGGUAAUCAUGGUAGAUCUUCUGUAUGGAAGACUGAUAGUGUUAGUUUGACAAUAAAUUUUUAUUUGUUACCUUUACAUACAAUUAAAUAAAAUAGAAAGACAGAGA